AUGGGGCUGCUGGAGCAGUGCGAGGCCGCCUUCGGCUCCCCCGACCUCUACCGCGUCCUGGGCGUCCGCCGGGAGGCCUCGCCCGAGGAGAUCCGCCGCGGCUACCACCGCGCCUCGCUCCGCGUACACCCCGACCGCGCCGAGCCCGAUGCUAAGGAGGAGGCGACGCGGCGGUUCCAGAUCCUGGGCAAGGCGUACGCCGUCCUGAGCGACGCGGAGCAGCGCGCCGUGUACGAUGAGCAGGGCACGGUGGACGAGGAGGGCGAGGCGCUGAGGGGCGAGCGGGACUGGCAGGAGUACUGGCGGCUGCUCUUCAAGAAGAUCACUGUAAAAGAUAUUGAAGACUUCGAAAAAAGCUAUAAAGAUUCAGAAGAAGAGCUAGCUGAUAUUAAAGCAGCGUACGUGGAUUUUGAGGGUGACAUGGACAGAAUAAUGGAGUCUGUGCUGUGUGUGGACUAUACAGAUGAACCAAGAAUACGGAAAAUCAUAGAAAAAGCCAUUGACUCUGGAGAAGUCCCAUCUUACAAAGGUUUUGUAAAAGAGUCUAAGCAGAAAAUGAUCGCAAGAAAAAGGCGGGCAGAAAAAGAAGCUAGAGAGGCAGAAAAGACUAAAGACGAACUGGGCCUUGGUGGAGAAGAUGACUUGAAAGCGCUGAUUCAAAGCAGAAAUAAAGAUCGAAAAAAGGAAAUGGAUGACUUUUUGGCCCAACUGGAAGCAAAAUACGGGAAUAAUGCUAAAAAAGGAGGAAAGAAGACUGCAGCCAAGAAGGGAAAGAAAUAAAGAACUGUGUAGUCUGAAAUAUCGGGUAUAAUUUUGUACGAGAACAUGUGGGUUUGGGAGAAUUGCAGAGUGUUUCUGCACUACUGUUUUGGAGUGUGUGUGCAUCAACUUGCUGUGACUGGGAGGUACGAUACAGAACACAUCAUGAGCAAGAAAGACAAAGCAUUCUGGUGCUACUGUUUAAAAUCCUUUGGGUGCUCUUCAGUUAAGAUCAAACAGAUUGUCGACUAAAAGUUUUGUUACAGUAAGGAAGCGGUGUGAUGUGUGGGAUGCCUGGGUGUUUAUUAGUUGAAGCACCUUCCUUCCAAACACCUGCUGGGUAUCAGUACAGCUGAUGGUGAAACAAUGUCAUCCCACACCUUUCAGUCUUCUGUGCUGGUUCCUGUGGCUUCUGCGUGAGAAGCCUUAUCUUUUUGCUAUUCACACGUUUCUUUUGUAACAAAUUUUCAGCUGUUUUUAAAGGUUUUUGCACUUCAGCUCAACAGGUGUUUUUUCAGAUGUCCCAAUGGUUUUAUAAAGAUACUUUUGAAAAUUGCAGAUUUAAUAAAUGAAAAGAUUUUGCAGAAUUCUGUGCUAUGUUGCUUCCCCAGCCCUCUACGUUGUCUUAGUAACUGUUCCAAACAAACUGAUCAUGUUGACUGUUUUGACUAAUUUAAGGCAAGUAAAUACUACAUGCUUCUAUAGCAGCUGAAAAUAUGGCUAUAUUGUUACUUGUGGCAUCAGCACUGGUGAUGCGAUUAAAGGGCCACGUAGGAAAAAUGAGACCGCAUCACGUAUGUGAGUAUGCAGAGAUUCUCUUAACACACUGAGGUAAUAAACUUAAAAAUGCACAGAACAGAGUCAGUUCUGUGUGUUUCUAGGGUUCGUGAUGUCCCAUAACAAGGCGUUCCAAAACUUAGAAACGUCCUGCGUGUUACUUCAAUAGCAUCGCAGUCAAGUCUGCUGUAGGAUGGUAGUGAUUAGCUACUUCAUUGUAUUUGUCAACAGUUCUGUUACUUCAGAAGUGAAGUACUUCUGUAAGAUGUGCAAAUACGUUGAAGGUUUUUACUUCAGCUGGUUUUAAACCACUUGAUGUAGUGUGGGGGGGUAUGAAUUUGAAGGGUAACUAGUUUUCAGCUUGCUGUAGCUCAAAGGAAUGAGGCUGGCUUUAUUUUGUGGAUCAUUUUUCAAAGGCUUACGAGCCACUAGGUGAACAUAUAAUUUUGAAUUGAAGGUCCUCAUUCCUUCAGUGAUAGCAUUCAGGAACUGACUAUUUAAUAGAGCUUCCUGGGGGGAAGCUAGAGGUAGACGGUAACUCUGUUCCCUUCUACUUGGCUGCUUUCAAAAAUUAUCCUGAUUCUGAGAGAGUACAGCAUAUUGUUAGGUUGCAUAACACAUGACUUGAACAUUACUCUUGCCAUACAAAAUGGAUACCUAACAGCCC